CAAAAGGCUCUACCGGGACUGCACUCACUGUGACAUUUUGAUCGGAAGUGCUGUAAUAUGGACGGAGGAAUGAGAAAGAAAGUCACAGGAUCUGUCUUCCACCGACGUAAGACUUCUGCUGUGAGCUAGGCGUUGUUGAUAGCCCAUGCCUGUCAACCCAGCACUUGACACCUGGGAGCCGGAGGAUCAGCUCUAGGUCCUUCUUGGUUAUUUACUAAAUUCGAAGCCAGCCUGGGCUACUUGAGACCUUGCCUAAAACACAGAGCCGUGUGAAUUACAUCUGUAACCCCAGAAGUUUGGGAAGUAGAGACAGGAAAAUCACGAAUUUUCGGCAACAGAGCAAGUUCGAGAGCAGCCCAGGAAGGGAUUCCCAAAAGACCAUAACCGAGAGCUAUGCAGUUCAACAUUCGGCCCUAUUUCCUUCUCCCCCCUCAUGUUUUCCCCCGGAGGACAAUAACAUUAGAACCUCUUCCGGCCGAGGAAACAUGGCAGCGACCUACAGUAGGGACCACAUUUGGGACCGGACCACAUGGCUCUUCCGCUUGCAUCCCAACUUCUGGAUAAUGUACUGCUGAGUGCCAGCCAUGGGGUCUUCGGGUCUGGCUCGACUGCAGGGGCUCUUCGCGGUCUAUAAACCUCCCGGGCUGAAAUGGCUGCACGUGCGGGAAACCGUGGAGCUGCAACUGCUGAAAGGUCUCAAUGCAGCGAAGCCUCCGGCUCCUGAGCAGCGUGUUCGCUUCUUGCUAGGCCCCGUGGAAGGCAGUGAAGAGAAGAAGUUGACUCUCACAGCCACGAGUGUGCCCACCCUUGCCACCCACAGACUCGUACGUGGCCCAGCGUUUACCAGCCUGAAGAUUGGUGUUGGACAUCGCUUGGAUUCCCAGGCUUCUGGUGUGCUGGUGCUCGCCGUGGGACAUGGAUGCAGACUCCUCACCAACAUGUAUGAUGCUCACCUCACCAAGGCUUACACAGUGCGCGGCUGCCUAGGCAAGGCUACAGACAACUUCUGUGAAGAUGGGCGGCUGAUAGAGAAGACCACAUACGACCAUGUGACCAGAGAACAGUUGGACCGAAUCCUGGCUGUAAUCCAAGGCUCCCACCAGAAGGCACUGGUGAUGUACUCCAACCUGGACCUGAAGUCCCAGGAGGCCUAUGAGAUGGCUGUGCAAGGUGUGAUCCGGCCCAUGAACAAGUCCCCGAUGCUCAUCUCUGGCAUCCGCUGCCUGCACUUCGCACCUCCUGAGUUCCUUUUAGAGGUGCAGUGUAUGCACGAGACGCAGCAGCAGCUGAGGAAGCUGGUGCAUGAAAUCGGCCUGGAGCUGAAGACCACCGCUGUCUGCGUGCAAGUGCGACGCACUCGGGACGGCUUCUUCACGCUGGACGACGCCCUCCUGAGAACCCAGUGGGACCUACACAGCAUCCAGGAUGCCAUCCAGGCUGCAGCCCCCCGGGUGGCAGCAGAGCUGAAAAAGAACUUGAGACUAAGGCUGGGCCACCGGUAGCUCCCCAGUGCUGGGCAGCCUUGGUGCUUCGAGGACCCAGACUCCGCUUUGGAGGUGGAAAGCUAUGCAGGGCAGGGAAUGCCCAGAUGUAGGUGGGCAAAGACAAAGGCUCUUUACAGGACAGAGCUGAUGACCAUGCAGAGAGUGGCAUUAAGGGCCUGAGCAGUGCCCACGCCUGUCAUGCCAGAGAAACACAAAGGGGAAAAAGGGAUCGUCUACUUGAGACACAGACUGACUGCAGAGUUAGUCUGGCUGUGGUGGCCGGACCUGUCAUCUUGGCUAUUUGGGAAGCUCAGGCUAGAAUCUUGACAGUUCAGAGAAACCCUUUCUCAAAAAUCAGAUCAGAGUCAGGCAUGAUGACUCAGACCAGGAGUUCAAGGCCAUCCUUGGUCUGUGCUGCUUCCAGUGUUUAGCUUUUUGGAGAGCUGGGCAGUGUCACCUCAACACCUAGUGCCUGCUGGUGAUUUAUUCAGAUUCCUAUGACUGAUGAUUGGGAUGUGUUAUCCCCUGGGGAAAAAUCGUCACUGUUUCAGGGUGGUGUCUCACACCUGUGAUCUCAGUACUACUCAGCGUGUGACACCAGCCUGGACUACUCUUUCUGGAGACUUUGUAGUGCACAUCAGUAUUUAAUCCUGCAGGAGGAUCAGGAAUUCAAGGUCAUCUUUGGUUGCAUUCUAGGCUACAUGAAACCCAUCUCCAAAAUAAAAAGCCCAAAAUUACUUUGAAAA